AUGGCCGUCAGCUGUGUCGUUCUCGUCCUAAUGACGGUACUUCUUCCUACAACAGAAUCAGCAUGUGCAGUGAACUCUACCAUCCUAUCCUUCAACGAGGAGGUCCCAACAGGGACGCUGAUCAUGCAGAUUAUCCGAGAGGACGGGGAGAAAUGGGCGUUCCGGGAGGACGGACCGGAGGGGUACAUCGGACUCACCACUGACCCCCGGACAGUCAUCUUUACGUUCCUCAAGUCCCCGGAUUUGGAAGAAAUCAACAAUGGGACUUCAACGUUUAAGCAAGAGAUUGUCAUCUUAGACAUCAACGAUAAUGACCCUUACUUCAAAGGAGGCCCCUUCGUCACUGAAAUGAACGAGAUGACGUCCAUUGGCAGCAGCGUCUUCAACCUUAGAGGCAAAGCUUUUGACCCCGACAUCACGGGGAUGGUCUCAGCGUUUAAGAUCCUGCCGUAUUUCGACAGCAGGGUUGACGGGAGCAAGGUCUUCACAAUGUCCAAGUCUGGUCAGGAAGUAAUCCUUCAGAGGAAGCUUGACUUCGACGUCAUGGAGGACGCCGAGACUGCUUACUACAUGCUCAACAUCUCCGUCCAGGAUGACGGCUACCCUCGACCCCGUGUGGCGUUCACGUCGCUGAAGGUGUUUAUAGUUGACGCUGAUGACCAAGGUCCCGCCUUUUUGUAUGAAAACUGCCCUCUGGUGGACGGGUACUGUGCCACGCCCUCGUAUGAAGCCAUCAUGGAGUCGUCCUUUCAGGGCGAGUUGAGCAUCUGGCCGGGGCAGAUCCAUGCACGUGACCGAGACUCCCUUAACAACACCAUCGCCUACUCCAUCAUCAAGGUGAAACCCCCAACGUAUGAGAAGCAUUUUACCAUAGACCAGUCAGAGGGUAAGCUGCAGGUGACUAAGCCCGUCCACCGACCCAACAUAGAUACGCUGCAUAUAGUCAUCAAGGCUGAAGAAUCCUCUGAGAAUAGGCGCUUUCUGACAGCCACGCUCAGGAUUCAGCUCCGCGCAAGAGGCAACUUCUUCAGCAACUACCACCCCGACCUUCGCGACAUCCCCAUCAAUCAGAAAUUCUCAUCCGAUGACGUCGACAUCACAGCGGGAACGAAGAUCCCCUUCUCCAUCUUCAUGUCAACCGUCGGUGUGUUCCUUGUCAUCAUGUGUGGCAUGCUGAUCAUCUUCGUGAAAUUCGCCCGCGGUAAACCCAGCCAGGACUCGCCCCGAUCCUGUGUACCUCAAGCCCGGAAGGUCUCCAGUGACUCCACCUCCAACAUGUCCUACAACUCCACCGACACAGCGACGUGCGUCAUGUUCUCCUCUCCUGAGGACGACCGUGACUCCACCACCAGCAGGAACUCCUCCAUAGAACUCGACUUUGACGACGCCAUCUCCUUCGCUAUGCCCAAGUCAGAUGCACACGUGUCCUCUGUUUCAUUCACAUCCCAGGAAUGCGGAAACUACAGCCCCAACAACCCCAAAAGCAGCCUCAAGGACACCACAGCCGUCAGUCGCUUUCGCAAAAGGGUCAACGAGCUUUUUUCUUUUCAAAAAUGCCGAAAAACCAAGCAGAAAUCUAGAGUCCGGUUCGACAUUCGGAACGUGUCGAACUUUUGA